AAUAAACAUCAAUACUCUUUCAUAUCGAUAAUAUCAACAAAUUCAUCAUAAGAUUAGAGUUUUCCAAAAUAAAACUUGUUUUUUGAAUCCAUUAAGCAAACCACACCUUUAAUCUGACAAAGCAGUGCUGCAAUAGAAACGCGGCCAGCCAGGAAUAAUUGUUUAAUAUGGGUUUCGAUUAUGGGCUGGGCUGACGAUAGUUUGUUUUGAUGUACUUGUCUGUAAUGAAAGGCGGCCCAAAACUAGAUGCGAGCCAUGACUAAACUUUUAAAAUGGGCUUAGAUUUCAGCGGGAUUGCGGGAAGGAAGGAAAACCCUAGCGCUGGCUAGAAGCAUCCAUCGGUUUUCCCGCGCGUGAUACACACCUGCCUCGCACAAAGAAAAAACGAGUGCAAAAACUAGUAUGCAAGCGCCGCAGCCGCACUGGCUGCUCUAAAAAAAUACAUAUUCUCCCACCUCCACCGUCCGAUCUCAUUCCAGCUAAUCGAUCCGCGUCACCCCGGUUCUCGACGGCCUAGAUUGGAGCUGCAAAGCUACUGGUUCAAACACACGAAGCUGCUCGUCUCUGUUCCUCCUACCUGCCCCUCUCUCUUCGCUCAGCCAGCUCCCAAUUUUUUUUUUCUGAUUUCAAUUAUUAUUAUUUUCCUGGAAAAGAGAUUGGAAAUUUGAUUGCCUUCCGUUAGAUUUUCCCGAUCUGUUCGCUUGGACGGAAAAAAGAAAUAACAUGAAAAUCACGGAGCUGGAAGGGAAGAAUUUGAAGGAGGAGGUGAUUGCAAUUUCCUCCUCCGAUGACGAGGACGACAGCGACACGGAGGAAGGGGCGGAGGUCGAAGCACCGGAAGACGUAGAGGACGUCGACGAUGAUGAGGAAGACGAUGACGACGACGGCGACGAUUCCGACGACGACGGAGAUGACGAUGCCGACGAGGAUGAAGGCGUUGACGAUGAUGAGCAGGCCUUGAACGCCGCCGUCGGUCCACCUGUCGUGUCGGUAGAAGACGAUGACGACGAAGGUGAGAUAGAGAACGACGAGGAAGCCGAAGGUGGAGACGACGACGACGAUCACGACGACGACGACGAGCAGGGAGUGAUGGCUUUUCAUUACCAGAUUUACGAUGAGAACGAGGAUGGCGACGGCGACGGCGACGACGUGGAGGAAGGUGUUGAGGACGACGAACCAGAGACGGCGUUGAACUCCUCGGCCCCGCCAGUUGGCCAGUCGGUCGACGAUGAUGACGAACUCAACGGCGAUAACGAGAACGACGAAGAGGACAUCGAUGGAGGUGAGGAUGACGACGAGGACGAUGAAGUCGACGACGAAGAAGAUCAAGCAGAGAAGGAAUUGGGAAGCGAAUACAUACUUCGCCGGCGUCCAAAAGAGGAGGAAGACGCGAUAGACCUGGAACUCGAGGAGAACGGCGAGGAUGAAGACGACGAGGAAGAAGAGGACUUGGUGGACGAUGAUGAGGAGGAAGAUGAAGCUUCGAGAUCUGCCGCUGCAAAACGGAAAAGAUCGAGCAAGGAUGACACUGACGACGAUGCCAGUGAUGGCGGCGAUGAUGGCGAGGAGGAGGAGGAGGACGACGACGACCACAGGCCAUCGAAGCGAUAGGAAGAAACGGAAGAACAGGUUGUUUUCUUGGCGUUCUUUGGAGGGCUCACCCAGAACCCAGAAAUUGAACCCCUUACAGGUCAAAUCUCUUUUGUCCCUCAUCUCUUUGUGAAAAAAAAAAAAAGAAGAAGAAGAAAAGCAAACCCCCAGUAUUGCUAUGUGGAGGAGGAAAACUGGAAAAAAGGAAUAUUAUUAUCGUUCUGUUGUUCAUCAAGUGGGUUGAGUUUGUUUAGGAGGAGUUUUGGGUUAAAAGACUAUUUAGAGUAAUGUUUUAGGAAUUUUAAAAUGUGUUAUUUGUAAAUCUUAAUGAUGGUCCUUAUACAUUAAUCCUUUUUGCUUGGCAUCUUGAAUGGAAUGAACAAAAAGACUUGACAACGCCAUGAGGCUUCGAUUUGAUGGGAUGUGGUGUACAUGGUUUGUGUAAUGUUGCACUUCGCUAAUUUGGUGAUCGAUUUGUAACUUUUACAAGUGAAAAUGACCAAGAGUCAUGAACC